AUGGCGGCGAAAGCCCGUAACGAUGAGCGGGACGACAACGGAUCGGAUAACGGUAAACCACCUGAAUUUGGAUUAUCAAAACUUAUGGAUUUUGAAUUAGAAAUGGCAUUUUUUAUUGGACUACCAUCAAAAUUAGGACAACCUGUAUCAAUUGAUAGAGCUCAAGAUUAUAUAUUUGGAAUGGUUCUUAUGAAUGAUUGGAGUGCUCGAGAUAUUCAGAAAUGGAACACUAAUUUAUUUCUUUUUGUAACUUUUGCAUUUAAUAUUCUGGAAGAAAUGAAUUUGUCUGCAGCUGAUUCAAAUCCCACUUUUGACCAAUUCUUGAAACCAUCCACUAUUAUUCAUGGCAUUAAAACAAUUCUUAAGGUUCUUGAGUGUGAAGUAUACAUUCCAUAUAUGUAUUGGACAAUGAAACAACAAUUGGCACAUCAUACAAUAACAGGAUGUAAUCUUAACACAGGAGAUUUAAUGGCAUCAGGCACAAUUAGUGGCCCAACUCCUGAUUCAUAUGGCUCACUGUUAGAACUGACUUGGCGAGGUAGCAAACCCAUUACUUUGGCAGAUGGACAAACUAGAACUUUUCUUAAAGAUGGAGAUGAAGUUAUCAUAACAGGCUAUUGCCAAGCCAAUAAUUUUCGAAUUGGAUUUGGUUCUUGUAGUGGAAAACUUCUUCCAGCUGUACAAUUGUAAAUUACAGAAUAUCUAAAAAUUUCUGAAUUUAUUCAAGAAGUUUGUGCAAUAUUUACAGCAUAAUCAUUCCUUGUGAUUGAUUUAGAUAUAUUUUUUAAUGUGUUUUUAUUUUUUAAAGAAAAUAAAUAAAUAUUUUAUAAUUAUUUUCAUUAAUGGAUACAUACCAUAAAUAAGCAUUUGAAAACUUCAAGAAUGAUUCAUUCAUAUAUACUAUAAUUGCCCAACUGUCUUGAGGUUAUUUCUAGAUACUCGUUACAAUGUUACAAAUUCCAGAAUCAAGUGGGAUAUAGCACUAAAGAAUAUCCACAUUGGGUUCAAACUUAUCAACUCACAUAAUAGAAUAAUUCCUGAACAACUCUUGUCCCAAUGGUUGCAAAUAUUUUGAUUCUUCUUUUGUUUUAAAUCAUAAUUUCUAUUAUCAGUGUAAAUUCAAAAACUAUCUAAAUAUAAUUUCUAUAUUUACUUAUUUUUGAGCUUAAAUUUAAGAAAUUGUUUAUAAAAUAAUUAAUUUUAAGAGACAUAAAAAUCAAAUCUCAGUACAAAAAAUAGUAUUUAUUAUUUUUUGUUAAAAUUUACAGUUGGCAUUGUUCUGUUGCUAAUCUGCUGCUGAUCGACAUUGUUCUGUUUGCUUGAUUCUCUAAACAUCUCUAAGCUUGAUGUUAUUAAUCAAAGCCAAAUGACCAGCAUAAUUAAUCAGACUAUUUUUCUCUGCUGUUAAUAAUUAAAUUCUAAAUAAUUUGGCACUGGAGGUAGGUGUUAGUUAUC